GUGGUCGAGGUGCGUGCUUUUAAAACUCGGACAUCAGGAAUCGUUUACAAAAACGACAUCCACACUUUAAACUGGCAGUGGGCUUUAAGAAGGAGUAAUUAGCAUUGCUAAGUGUUUAUCCGCCGAUAGUUUUUUAAAUGGUAAACGAGGGUUGCGCACGUGGUGGGUCACGUGGUGCAGUUUUUAGUUGGUCGUCAUGGUAACUUCGCGUGUCGGACGCGUGCUGUCACACCCUGUGUCCACGUGCCACAUCAGAAGGCCGUGGAACAGAUCAGAAUCCACAGCGCGGGACGUGGAUGCCAUCAGCGCCUUCCUGCGGCUCUGCGUGGACAGACACUUCAUUCCACGCGCUCACGCGAACAGCGGCUGGGGUCGCGGAGGGACGAACUGCGGCGGCUUUGGACCUCUGGGCGCCGAGCUGAGAAGGAACCUGCUGGAUCAGUGGUGGCGCGCUGUGACCGGCUCCACUGCUCAGGUUUUUGGGAUCAACUCUCUGAUUAGUAGUAAGGACACGCCCACGAACGUGAGGCUUGUUGAAUCUGAAGUUGUGAACCAGCUUCUUGACCAGCAAGAGCUCAGCAAAGACCAGCUCAUCCAGAAGGUGCGUGCGCUCCUUCAGAGCUCGGCUUCUUUGAGGACAAGUUUUCUGCAAGGUGCUUUGGAGCAGUACGUCCCCUUAUUGGACCUGGUGAACAGGAAGUUGCCCUUUGGCUUGGCUGAGAGCGGUCCGUGCUUCCAGCACUCAUAUGGAUCCAACUGUCCGGUUGAGGUCACCCAGACAUCUCUGGUGUGGUUUUGUUCUCCUCGUACCUCUUCUCGGUGGCUGGAUCACUGGGCACGACACAGACUGAAGUGGUGGAGGAAGUUUUCACUGUCGCCAUCACACUUCAGCAGCAGUGAUGUUCCAGAGCAGGAGCUUGAAGAGGUGGUAUCUCGCGGUGUGAGGAUCUACUACAGUUUUCCCUGGGGAGACGAAACCCUGGAAACACUGUGGAGCCGAGGAGACACAGAGCUACUGAAGACACACAAAGGAGACCGAGACAUAUUACAGUGUCGAGAUGGCCGAAAAUCAAUUCCUCACGUCAUCUCUGUAACUGGCAACAUGGACUGUGGUGUGAUGGCUUAUCUGUACAACUCAUUCCAGCAGCUGAAGAGAGAAGAUGGAAAGCAGAAGCUACAGCAGCGAAAGGUUGUGAAGCUGCAUCCAUUGCUGACCCCAGUCAAAGUGGCUUUGGACAUCGGCAAGGGGGCCACUGUGGAGCUGAGACAGGUCUGUGAAGGUCUUUUGCAAGAGUUCCUGGAGGCUAAGAUCUUUGCGUGGCCCGGGUAUCUAGAAACUACGCAAAUAUCAAUGGAACAGCUGAAUGCCAAGUAUGACGAGUUGGGAGUGCUUUUCACAGUGGUGAUUAGCGAGAACACACUGCAGAGUGGCCUCCUUCAAGUCCGCAGCAGAGACACCACCAUCAAAGAGACCAUGCAUAUCUCGGAGAUCAGGAACUUUCUCUCCAGAUACAUAUGUGCAGCUGGGAAUAUUUAAGUGGACUUUUUGUACAUCAGUUAAAAGCAGGGCAUCUGGAUAGUGUCAUUUUGUGUCCCACUUGGGUGUAAAGCUGCCAUCACAAGCCUUAUCAGGAAUAUGUAUGUUAGAGCAUAUUUUAAUGCAAACUGAUCUCUGCCUAAAGUAUACCUCACAAUGGGUUGAUUUGGCCCGCUUUAAAUUGUGGAUGUACAAUGUAUUCGGGCGAAUAUUGUUGUUUACAUUUUUGGAUGGUGUAACCAUAGAGAAAGGUAGAAAUACUACAGCACCAUUAUUUAUGUAUGUAUGUAUGUAUGUAUUGCAAGUGUGCCACCAUGGCGAGCCGUCCACCAUCACCAAAUUUGUAUUGAAGUGUUGGCGUUCAAUGUAAACCAAUGCAAAUCAGUCAGUCAGUCUGUAAUGUAGCAGCACAUGUUUAUGUUGGAGAAAUCAUGAAAAAAAAAUGAUUGUAGGAACAAAAUAGGGGUGUUUUCUUACCAUGGUCAGCUUUGAUAUGGAGUCACUAAACGGCACUACACGCAGUAUAAGCUCAACAGCAUUCAGUGAGUAACAACAAAUUAAAGCUCAAAGGUACAUCCAUGCAUACAGUUUGAAAAUCCAUUUGUAUGUACAACAUUUUCUUAAUUAGUGCAUCUGUCUUGCAUAUUUGGAACAGAAGGUAUUCUGUUUAUUUAUAUCUGCCUCUUUGGAAAAAAAUUUGCAAAGAUUAUUAAAUAAUAUUUAGACUACA